CGUGUAUGCACGCGCAUGCUCACGCGAGAGUCAGCGCGGCGGAAGGGCCGUGCGGUCGCCGAAAGCCCUUUAAACAGGAAUGUGUUUCUGAUCAUCUGAAUCUCAACCAUGUUGUCAAACUCCUUACAUUUCCUAAAAAUUACAAGCAGUCGUUUUCUAUCUUCAAGAUUAUGCCAACAAUUAAUAAAUGAAAGGAGGUUUUUUGGAACUGUGCCAACAUCCAGAAGAGUUGUCAUUACAGGAAUUGGUUUAGUGACUCCCCUUGGUGUUGGAACUCAAUUGGUAUGGGAUCGUCUUCUCCGAGGAGAAAGUGGAAUUGUUUCACUGCUUGGUGAAGAAUAUAAGAAUAUUCCUUGUAGUGUUGCUGCUUAUGUGCCAAGAGGUUUUGAUGAAGGUCAGUUUAAUGAACAAAACUUUGUGUCCAAAUCAGAUAUUAAGUCCAUGUCUUCUCCCACCAUCAUGGCCAUUGGGGCAGCAGAGUUAGCCAUGAAAGAUUCUGGCUGGCAUCCUCAGUCAGAAGCUGAUCAGGUGGCUACUGGUGUUGCAAUUGGCAUGGGAAUGGUUCCUCUGGAAGUUGUUUCUGAAACUGCUUUGAUGUUUCAGACAAAAGGUUAUAAUAAAGUCAGCCCAUUCUUUGUCCCUAGGAUUCUGAUUAAUAUGGCAGCAGGCCAGGUCAGCAUUCGACAUAAUCUCAAGGGCCCCAAUCAUGCAGUAUCAACAGCCUGUACCACAGGAGCUCAUGCUGUGGGAGACUCUUUUAGAUUCAUAGCCCACGGUGAUGCUGAUGUGAUGGUGGCUGGAGGUACAGAUUCUUGUAUUAGUCCUUUAUCUCUUGCUGGGUUUUCCAGAGCCCGGGCUCUGAGCACAAACUCAGAUCCUAAGUUAGCGUGUCGACCAUUUCAUCCAAAGAGAGAUGGUUUUGUAAUGGGAGAAGGUGCAGCUGUGCUGGUGCUGGAAGAAUAUGAGCAUGCUGUUCAAAGAAGAGCCCGGAUCUAUGCAGAAGUUUUGGGCUAUGGACUCUCAGGUGAUGCUGGUCACAUAACUGCCCCUGAUCCUGAAGGAGAAGGUGCAUUAAGAUGUAUGACUGCUGCUAUAAAAGAUGCAGGGGUUCAACCUGAAGACAUAUCCUAUGUCAACGCACAUGCUACUUCCACACCAUUGGGAGAUGCUGCUGAAAACAAAGCCAUCAAACAUCUCUUUAAAGACCAUGCAUAUGCCCUUGCAGUUUCCUCAACGAAGGGAGCAACAGGACAUCUUCUGGGAGCUGCAGGGGCAGUUGAGGCAGCUUUUACUGCAUUAGCUUGUUAUUAUCAAAAACUACCACCUACUUUAAAUCUGGAUUGCACAGAACCAGAAUUUGAUCUGAAUUAUGUUCCGCUAAAGGCACAGGAAUGGAAAACUGAUAGACGAUGUAUUGGACUCACCAAUUCUUUUGGUUUUGGGGGUACUAAUGCAACACUUUGUAUUGCUGGUAUAUAGUAAUUUUUAAUUAAACAUUUUUUAAAUGU